UGUAAAAUAGAUGUAAUAUUUAUUCUGGUGUUUUCUAAAGCCCAGCCCUAAGAAUACCAUUUUGUGAUUAUGCAAACAAAUAAUUGGAGAUCUACAGUUAAAACUAAGUUUCAGGUAAGUUACCAGUACAUUAGAUGUGGUGGACAUUUUAAUGAGACACCUUCUCUUCUCGAUACUUAGAUAUGGAGGUCUCAGCCUGUGAGGCUGGGGGUGACGUUUGAAGCUGCAGUCUUCUGUGAUAUUGCCCAUGGUCUGUCUUACACCUGGAACUUGAUGGACUCUGAAGGGCUCCCUGUCUCCCUCCCUGCUGCUGUGGACACUCGCAGACAGACCCUCAUCCUCCCGAGCCACACCCUGGAGUAUGGGAACUACACUGUCCUUGCCAAGGUUCAGAUUGAAGGCAGUGUGGUGUACAGUAACUACUGUGUGGACCUGGAGGUGCGAGCCCAGGCCCCUGUCAGUGUGAUCUCCGAGGGCACACACCUGUUCUUCUCCAGGACCACCUCAUCCCCCAUUGUCCUCAGAGGGACCGAGUCCUUCGACCCUGACAACCCUGGGGCAACUCUCAGGUAUCACUGGGAAUGCGCCACGGCCAGCUCCCCAGCACGUCCCUGCUUCGACUCCUCCACUGCACACCAACUGGACGCCGCUGCUCCCACUGUUUCCUUUGAGGCACAAUGGCUCAGUGACAGCUAUGAUCAGUUCCUUGUGAUGCUGAGGGUCUCCAGUGGUGGCCGGAACUCUUCUGAGGCCCGGGUGUUCCUGUCCCCCUACCCUGACUCGGCACUCAGAUUCAUCCACAUCUCCUGGGUCAGCUUUAAAGACACCUUCGUCAACUGGAAUGACGAACUCUCCCUUCAAGCUACGUGUGAGGACUGCGGUGAAAUACUGAAUCUGUCUUAUUCCUGGGAUCUCUUUUUAGUCAAUGCCACAGAAAAGAAUAGGAUAGAAGUUCCCUUCUGCAGAGUAGUGGGGCUGCUGGGCUCGCUGGGACUCGGUGCCAUUUCAAAGUCAUCACAGUCAAACCUGCUUCCCACUAAGCCUGGCACUGCAGAUCCUGAUGCAACGACCACACCAUUCUCAUGGGAACCUUCACUCGUGACCCUUGGCCAGCCUGCUCCUUCAGCUCCAAGGGGAACCCCCACAGAGCCCAUGACUGGAGUCUACUGGAUUCCUGCUGCGGAGGACUCUGCAGUCCUGGGGGAGGCUCCAGAGGAAGGUUCACUAGACCUAGAACCAGGACCACAGAGCAAGGGAUCCCUGAUGACUGGCCCCUCUGAGAGAAGUCAGCCCACCCACAGCCCUAGCCCUCACCUCUCUGAUUUUGAAGCCUAUUACAGUGAUAUUCAAGAAGCAAUACCAUCGGGAGGAAGACAGCCAGCGAAGGACACCAGCUUUCCAGAAUCAGGACCUAGCUUAAGUGCCGAGGAGAGCCCUGGAGAUGGGGAUAACCUGGUGGACCCCUCCCUGUCUGCAGGCAGAGCCAAGCCUGUCCUCAUGAUUGACUGGCGCAAGGCCCUGCUGAGCCGAGCAGUAUUCCAAGGCUAUUCAUCCUCAGGUAUUACAGAACAGACGGUGACAAUCAAGCCAUACUCUCUAAACAGUGGAGAGACAUACGUCCUGCAAGCAUCUGUGGCUUCAAAGCACGGCUUACUGGGUAAAACUCAGCUAUACUUGACAGUCAACCCGGCUCCGCGGGACAUGGUCUGUCAGGUGCAACCCCACCACGGUCUGGAGGCACACACCGUCUUCAGUGUCUUCUGCAUGUCUGGAAAACCGGACUUCCAUUAUGAAUUUAGUUACCAGAUAGGAAACGCCUCCAAACACACUUUGUACCAUGGGAGAGACAGCCAGUAUUAUUUUGUGUUGCCAGCUGGUGAGCACUUGGACAAUUACAAAGGUAAGCCAUGGUGCCAGCUGGGGUCACUAGCUGUGCCAACUUAGAGUUCUAA